UAUGUCAGGCUAUCCCACUUACAAGCCCAUAUCUAUCCUAGACGCCAUCAACUGGUUUUGAAAAGGGAGAAAUUUAAAAACCUCGAACAGAGCUGUUAUCAUAACAAAUGAUCAUUUAAAUCUUCUACAAUGGAUACGGUGUUGUACAAUAUGCCUCAAACACCUAUCUCAGCUAACGACCAGGAAACGAGACCAAAUAUCGACAUCCCAGGAAGAGAGAUGUAUCACUUGAAGUGGGGUAUAUACAUAGAUGUCACUUACUGCAAGAGUAUACACGGCAUCCUUAAUGCUGCUUUAACGGUUGUGUCGCUGGUUGGUUGGGUGUUUGCUCUCAAUGGUGUUAUCUCCAGAGACUGUGGGACUGGCUAUGGCUUCUAUGAAUUUGUAUCCGGUUCAGUGUUCAUCACCGGGCUCAUCAGCUACGUCUUCUCCUCCAUCGUAAUUCACCAAAAUAUACGAUUCAAGUUUGUUCCCUGUAAGGUGAAAGACAUGAUAUGGUACUCUGUGUGGUCUGUCUUGUACUUCAUUGCGUCAGUCAUGGUGGCACUCGACGUAUGUGGCCAGUCCGAGAUUGACGCAGCCACGGUAUUGGGGUUCACAGCACAUGCCCUAUGCAUUGCAAAGGUGGUAUAUUCUUACAAGGCUUGGCGCCAUGAGCAUAGGUGUCCACAUCCGGGAGACAGAGCUGAUAGUUAUUCCCAGCAAACACGUAUCAAGGAGGUGAUAGUGUUGCAGAGCAUCAACCUCUAGCUGCAGAAUCAGUAAUAUUAUGAUGUUCUCAUGAUCGGAGAACACAAUCCAAACAGCCCCUUCAUUAUACCGUUCAGAGUCGGUCGAAAACAUCUUCCCGAGGUGAGGGACUAUAUGUAAACUGGACUUUUAUUGUCAGUUAACGCCCUUGCCUCGGGAAGAGGGUCGAAAAUAGUGGUGAAGGAAUAGAAUGGGGGAAGAGACAUAUGAACUGCCUGUGAACGAACUGAAGAUCCGGGAAAUGUGUGCUUAUUUAAGAAUACGGCGGCAGGACAAGGUUUGACUCAUCCGUAGUUUCCCGUUUAUAACAAAAGGUUUUCAAUUCAAGUGUUGUGUAUUCAGACGAUAAUGGCCCGAGAAAUUAGGGGUAUUACACUGUCCAUGAUAUUCUUCAAGGUCGACUUUGUCAGUGUCUGUACAGGCCGGGUCAAAUACAGGAACUGUCAGAGGGCGUUACUGAGUCUUAUUUAUGUAUCAGAGUCGGGUACAGCAGUACAGAGUUACCAUUUGUUCAGGCCCGUGAAGAUCCGGGGUAGAACAGGUCUUAGCAACCCAUGAUUGCCGUAAGAGGUGACGACCCGUGAAGAUCCGGGGUAGAAUAGGUCUUCAGCAACCCAUGCUUGCCAUAAAUGACGACUAUGCGUGUCAUAAAAAGCGACUGACGGGAUCGGGUGGUCAAGGCUCGCUGACUUGCUUUAUGUAUGUUAUCGUAUGCAUAUGGCGUAGAUUAAUGUUCAUGAUGUCAAUCACUGGAUUGUCUGGUCCAGUAUUUUCAGACCGCCGUCAUAUAGCUGGAAUAUUACUGAGUGCGGCGCUAAACAACAAACAAACAAACAACAGGUUGCGGCUAUUUGAUCAUCAAGAUAUAUCGUAUUGUAGUCCAGUAUCAAUGUUUCACGAUCUUUGUCGACAAACGGAAAUGAAAAUUCUUAUAUCGCUAACUUCGCGAUUGGAUCAUGCUAUGGCUGUAUUCAAUACAAAAUGAGUUAAAACUUUAUAUAUUUAUUGUGUUAUGUCCACAAUUUAACAGCAUGAACUAUCUUGAUUCGAGUAUUCUCUUGGGAUGUGAUUUGCCUUAAAACAUAAAUUCCUGAAUAAAUAAUGAAUUUUCCAACAAACACCCCUCUUCAUACGUACAUGUAAACAUCACCAGCGAAAUCCAAUCUCCAGGGUAUUUCAGCAAAGAGAUCAAUGCAGUCGCCGAUUGCAUUCAGGAAUUCAUAGUGAUUUUACGUUCACAUCACAGAG